AUGGAUUUUCACGGCGACAUUGAGAGAGUCAUCUUCACCGAGCAGCAAAUACGGGCGCGCGUCUCCGAACUCGGCUCCCAAAUAACCGGCGAUUUCAGAUCGCCGGCAUCUCCUCCGGUGAUUGUGGGCGUCGCCACCGGCGCGUUUCUGUUCCUGGCCGACCUUGUCCGUGAAAUUCGCCUGAACGUUGCCGUGGACUUGAUUCGGGUCGAGUCGUAUGGGUCGGGAACGGUCUCCAAUGGCCGACCCACGAUUUCGUCCACAUUGAAAGUCGAUAUUCGAGGACGUCACGUCGUUUUGGUUGAGGAUAUUGUAGAUACUGGGAGAACUUUGGCUCUUCUAAUUGAAUACUUGACAACUAAAGGUGCAUCAUCAGUAUCUGUCUGCACGCUUCUCGAUAAACCGGCAGGAAGGCAAGUCGAUUUUGAACUAGUCGGUGAAGGGAAGUACUACAGUGGCUUUGAGUGCCCGGAUGGUUUUGUGGUGGGUUAUGGGCUGGAUUAUGCUGAGGUGUACAGGAACUUGCCGUAUGUUGGCAUGUUGAAGCCCGAAAUGUACAUGUCAUAG